AUGCGUCCCCUCAGCGCCAUUUCCAUGCUAGUCUUCUUCCUGGGCUCCGCCAACGCCCAGUUCGGCUUCUUCGAGCAGAUGUUUGGCGGCCAGGACGGCGGUCACGGCCAUGGCCACGGCCACCAGCAUCAGCAGCAGCAGAACGUCCCGAGCGACUCGUCCUGGUACCAGGCCAACGUGGACAAGGCCGUCUGCGACAAGUAUCUGUGCCCCGACACCCUAGGUACGCCUCCCUCCAUGCUGUUCCCUUGGUCACCACUACAGAAGUGA